UGGUGGAUUAAAAACAAAAAAAAACAUCAUCAUCAUUAUUCUUUCUUUCCUGGAGUGCUUUUCUCAGCUUUUUAAUUUUAUUUUUUAUUUUGGAGGAGACAAAACGAGGAUGCAUUGUGGAUUAGUUUUUGUCCUGUUCAUAGGAUUCUUCCUGGCGCUCGAGGCUUUUAAAAACGAUAAAUGCGGUGGCAACAUCAGAAUCUCCAGCGCCAGCUACCUCACGUCGCCCGGAUACCCCAUGUCCUACCCGCCCUCUCAGAGGUGCGUGUGGGUCAUCUCGGCGCCGGGUCCUCACCAGCGGAUCCUCAUCAACUUCAACCCGCAUUUCGAUCUGGAGGACCGGGAGUGCAAGUAUGACUACGUGGAGGUGCGGGACGGCGUGGAUGAGAAUGGUCAGCUGGUGGGGAAGUACUGCGGCAAGAUCGCCCCCUCAGCGGUCGUCUCCUCUGGAAACCAGCUCUUUAUCAAGUUCGUGUCGGACUAUGAGACGCACGGAGCGGGUUUCUCCAUCCGAUAUGAGAUCUUUAAGACAGGUCCUGAGUGCUCCAGGAACCUCACCUCCAACAGCGGUGUGAUAAAGUCUCCAGGGUUCCCAGAGAAGUACCCCAACAACCUGGACUGCACCUUCAUGAUCUUCGCCCCAAAGAUGUCGGAAAUCAUUUUGGAGUUUGAGAGCUUCGAGCUGGAAUCCGACCCAACCCCUCCUACUGGUGUCUUCUGCCGCUACGAUCGGCUGGAGAUCUGGGACGGCUUUCCGGGAGUCGGGCCUUACAUCGGACGGUACUGUGGUCUGAACACCCCUGGCAGGAUCAUCUCCUACACAGGCAUCCUGGCCCUGACAAUCAACACCGACAGCGCCAUUGCUAAGGAAGGCUUUUCUGCCAACUUCACCGUCCUGGACCGAACCGUCCCAGAGGACUUUGACUGCGGCGACCCGUUGGGAAUGGAGUCGGGAGAGAUAGCAUCAGACCAAAUCAUGGCUUCAUCCCAGUACAACCCCAGCUGGUCCCCAGAGCGCUCCAGGCUCAACUACUACGAAAACGCGUGGACGCCAGCAGAGGACUCAAACAAGGAGUGGAUUCAGGUGGAUCUUGGCUUUUUGCGCUUCGUUUCUGCGAUCGGUACACAGGGGGCCAUUUCCCAGGAGACCCACAGGAUAUACUUUGUCAAGUCCUACAAAGUAGACGUCAGCUCAAAUGGAGAGGACUGGAUCACGUUGAAAGAAGGCUCCAAACAGAAGAUUUUCCAAGGCAACACCAACCCAACGGCCGUUGCCAAAACAAAGCUGCCCAAACCCACGCUGACGCGCUACGUCCGCAUCCGUCCCGUUACCUGGGAAACGGGCAUCGCGCUGCGCUUCGAGGUGUAUGGCUGCAAGAUAUCAGAGUACCCCUGCUCUGGCAUGCUAGGCAUGGUGUCAGGGCUGAUCACAGACAACCAGAUCACGGCGUCUUCUCACACGGACCGGAGCUGGGUGCCCGAAAACGCCCGCCUUCUUACCAGCAGGACCGGGUGGACCCUGCUGCCGCAGCCUCAGCCCUUCACCAACGAAUGGCUGCAGGUGGACCUCGGUGAAGAAAAGCUGGUGAAGGGUUUCAUCAUCCAGGGAGGCAAAUACAGAGAGAACAAGGUCUUUAUGAAGAAGUUCCGUCUCGGUUACAGCAACAACGCCUCCGACUGGAAGAUGGUGUACGACGCCGGUGGAAACAAGCCAAAGAUAUUUGAAGGGAACAGCAAUUACGACACCCCUGAACUGAGGACAGUGGAGCCCCUGCUGACCCGUUUCAUCAGAAUUUAUCCAGAGAGGGCCACUCCUGCUGGGAUGGGCCUGCGGCUUGAACUCCUCGGCUGCGAGAUUGAAGCUCCAACUCUCCUUCCGACCACUCCACUCCUGAGCACCACCCCGUCAGACGAAUGUGACGAUGACCAGGCGAGCUGCCACAGUGGCACAGGUGAUGACUACGACGUGACAGGUGGUAUCGUGAUGCCGGAGACCGUAACCACAGAGCUGAACACCAUUGCAGACUUUCAGUGGUUCGACUGCGACUUCGGCUGGCCCAACAAUCCCUCCUUCUGCAGCUGGAAAUCGGAGGACACUGGCUCCAGGUGGCAGAUCCAAUCCAGCGGCACCCCGACUCUCAACACUGGCCCCAACAUGGACCACACAGGGGGAUCGGGGAAUUUCAUCUACACGUUAGCGACCGGGCUCCAGGAGAACGAAGUGGCUUGGCUGGUGAGCCCCGUGGUCAACUCUCCAGACUCCGACCUGUGCAUGUCCUUUUGGUACCACAUGUACGGGUCGCACAUUGGAACGCUGCAUAUUAAACAGCGCAAGCAGACGGAGGACGGAGCCGCGGACAUCCUGCUGUGGACGGUCGGCGGUCACCAAGGCAAUCGCUGGAGGGAAGGCCGCGUCCUGAUUCCACGCACCAGCAUACCCUAUCAGGUGGUGAUCGAGGGUCUUGUGCAGAGGAAGAGUUGGGGGGACAUCGCUGUGGAUGACAUUAAGGUUCUCAAUGGGCUUGGUGCGUCAGACUGUGAAGAUCCUUUUGUGCCCACCGAGCCAGUGCCAUCGGAGGAUAAAAUCAAUGGAAUUUUUGAAGAAAUCACAGACUAUCCCGACCUGGUAGAAACCAACCAGAUCAGCGGCGCUGGCAACAUGCUGAAAACCCUCAACCCCAUCCUCAUUACCAUCAUCGCCAUGUCGGCCCUGGGCGUUUUCCUGGGGGCCAUCUGCGGCGUGGUCUUGUACUGCGCUUGCUCGCACGGCGGCAUGUCGGAGAGGAACUUAUCAGCCCUGGAGAAUUAUAACUUUGAGUUGGUGGACGGCGUCAAGCUGAAGAAGGACAAGCUCAAUGUACAGAACUCAUACUCGGAGGCAUGAGGCGGGUCUGGCUGGUUUCAUAUGACUAAAUGAUGGGCAGAGCUCGCACAAAAAAAAAGAUACAAAAAAAAAACAUCUCUAGGCAUAUCUUCUCAUAUGUUGCCCCCCGUAGGUGGGCUCAACAGGACUGCCAAACACCCUCUAUUUACCAGAUGAGGGUCAGGUUCAGGAAACCAGUGGGAGGUUUGGACUGAUCCACGCUUUUUUUCUCAGGAGCUGCAGUAAAUAGAACCUACCAGUAGGGGACACUGUGUACAAAUAAAAAAUACAGGAGAAAAAAAAAAAGUAUGUACAGACGAUUUAGAUGAUAUUAUAAUUUUGUAUGUUGAUUUUCAUUCAUUUCUACAAUCGGAUGCUGGUGUUGAGACCAAUUUAUUAGUAAUGUUUAAAGUAUUUAUCAUUUUCUGGGAGAGAAAGCUGUUUUUUUUGUAGAAUCAGUUCGUGAAGGCUGUUGUUUCUUUUCAUGCUUCGAAAGAGACGUAUCGAAAUCUUUAAAGAACCAUAUCCGGAAAAAAAAAAAAAUGUACAUUUGCCCCGCAGGGAGGCAGAGCGAGUGCGAUCCUGACCCAUUUUCCCUUUUAUCACCCUAAAGUGAGGGUCCCAUCCAUGUAUGGUUCUGACAGUGCCUUUAGUACCUUUUGGUUGGCCUUUUUUGUUGAACUGAGUUCUUUUCUAAAUCUACUAGAAUUAAGUUAUAAUGAAAGGAAACAGGGGCACAUUACCUUAUAAAUUCCUGCCAAACAGGACUAUAGUUUAUUGCAGGGCUUUUUUUUUUUUGUUUGUUUUUGUUUUGUUUUUUGUUAUUCUGUCCAAAAAAAAUACAUUGUAAAUAAGUUUUAAUAUAUUUUAUUGCCCUUUUUAAAGAAAGUAAAAAGAAAAAAAAAGCUGCCGUAUCCCUUUUUUCCCUCCACGAGUGCGAGUGUGAGUGUGUGUAAAUAUGGUCUUUUGACUGUUUUUGUGCAAGUGCGACAUGGAUCUUAGAUUGUGUUGCUCAGGCAGGCAAGAUUGUUUUCAGUGUCAUUGAUUUUGUGCAUUUAGGGCCAUCCUUCAUUUCCAAAAACAAAACAAACGAAAAAAAAUUCACUCGAAGGACGGAUGAAUAAAAGGGUAAAAUACGCACAUGAAAAACAUCCUCCAUUACUGAUCUGUCGUGACUUCAUCUCUUGCAUCACUUUUGCGAGUUUGGGAGAAUUAAAGAGUACAUUUAGACAUGUUCAUUAUGUCAGAAUAUAUAUACACAUAUAUAUUAUGUCAACCAGCAUACCAAAAGGAAAAACAUGAACCACAUUUUUCUUUUCUUUUUCUUUUACCACCAACAUCACUGUGGAUGUUCAGUGUAGACGUGCUAUCUGAACGAUGCAGCCUGUAUGCACUUUGUUUUCUGGCUCCCACCUUGAUGGAACGCUGACGAAAGAGUUUACCAAUUGAAACGACGGUGCUAUCAGUAGUUUAGCCAGAUACUGGCGUGUCUCAUGGCAAACCCAGUUUCCCCACAUGCUUAAGUGUAGCUGAAAGGUCUUUCUUGGGCCUGCAACAGUUAUGUGUUUCACAUGUAGCAGCCAUAACGAUGAUGUCAGAGCUGAUGUCAUAAGGACGGGACAGUGGCGCAGCGGGGGCUCGAGCGGGGGAUCACCUGAAUCAGGUUAUGUGGCCUCCCUCUGCAUGUGGCUUUACCAAAGGAUUGUAACCCCCCCCUCCAAUCCACACACACACACACACACACACACACGCACACCUUUAUUGACUGCAGGGGCUUCUCACCAACAAAGCGUACAACGGGGACACCCUUCAGGCCUGCCCCUUCGACAGAAUAUCCAGAGUGGGGGGGGAACACCAGGACUAGAUGUGACAGUGUGUAUUUCUAACUUCUUCAAGGGUUAAAAAAAAAGUGCAAAUCUCACCUUGUGAACUUUUCAAAUCCCAGUUGAGACUCAUGUUUGCUGACGGACGAAUGAGACAAUCCCACCAUGACACACUCAGACGGGGAAAGGGAUUCUAAGUGGUGAGAUUUACAUGGACCCAAGAGACUGCGAAGCCCAGUGAAACUCAUCGGUUUGCCUCACCACAGUCGACCCAAUCACGAACUCGAUGAUUUUGAUUUUUAAGAAGGGUGACGUCUUUUAAAUCUGUGUGCUUUGUAUGUCGUUUCGUGGUUUACACUCGCUCUCAGCUUGUUCAUUUCAGAGCGAAUGACCCGCUCUCCUCGGCUUUCACUUUCAGAGGACGGUAGCUGCAGCCAGCUAGACAAAAAGGAUACUGUAGCGUGGACUCCAAACAAACAAUGUUGCACUGAGAAAUAUAUUUAAGAGGUUUAUGUGUUUAUAGUGUUCAUUUGCAGAAAAAAAGGGUCAAAACAGAAAAAAACUUGUGCUCAUUUUUUUUUUUGUUUAGUUUUUUUAUGCAUAAUUUCAGAUUAUCUGAAAUUGAUCCAAAUGUAAAAAAAAAAAAAAAAAAACUACUCAGAUGUUUUCAAUCUUGAAAAGACAGAACAGGUUUUUAAAAAGGAAUAUCAACUCCUUAUGUGUACAUGCCAUGUUAGCGCUUCAUUUUGUACUGUCAUUCAGAUUUUGUGCAGAUUUUUUUUGUUUGUUUUUUUACAAGAAUAAUAAAAACAAGACUUUUUAUUUUCAA